GAUAUGGCAAAUGGGAAGCAGAGGCAUAUCCCUUACAGAGACUCUAGACUAACUUUUCUUCUUCAGGACUCUCUUGGCGGAAACUCGAAAACAAUGAUCAUUGCCAAUGUCAGCCCUUCUAUCUGCUGCGCUGCUGAAACAUUGAAUACACUUAAAUUUGCUCAGAGAGCAAAACUUAUUCAAAAUAAUGCUGUGGUGAACGAAGAUUCUACUGGGGAUGUAAUUGCUUUACAACAUCAAAUUCGACUUUUGAAGGUGGUAUCAGUUAUUUCUUGUAGUAUAAGUUUUAUGUGAGUUGCUAAUUUAACUAAAAUGAUAAAUUUUUGGGCCAAGGGCAAGUUUUGAGGCUCUAGAGGUGCUAAUUUAACAUCAUAUAUUGUUACUUAUAAGUCUACACUGACCAACAAAGAACAAGAAAUAAGGGAGCUUCAGAUGGAAUUGGAAAAUUGUUAUUAUGCCAUUGAAGAGAAUCACUUGGGACUCUUGAUCUUUAAAUCUGAACUUGCUGAGGCUUACUCCAAAUCAUUCAGGGGCAGGGCAGACCCUGAUAAAGCAUUUGAUAUCAAAGAGAAUGAAGACAUGGUUCUAAUUUCUGCAGAGCAAUUGAGAGUGAAAGACAAGUCUCUAAAAACUAUGGCACAAGCUGCACAACAACACUCUCUGUUGGAGGAAGAGCUUAAACAACAAAAGAAAAACCUCGAGGAAUCAUCUGAGGGUCAACUAAUCUUGGAAGAGCAACUGCUGCAGAUGGAAUACACCCUACAAUAUGAAAGAAGUGCGGCAUUUGAGGCUCUAGAAGUGCUGGAACAUGAAAUAGCCAGUAAAAAUGAUGAAAUAUGUCGAUUAAAUUGUGAAGUACAGGAUUGGAAGUCUACUGCUGAAACCCUUAAAGUAUCCUAUGAAGAAAUUCAGGGAACAAGUAAAAAGAUGAAAGCUUCCCUUCUAUCACAUAUUAAGAAUGAGCAAGCCCUUAAGCAGGCCAAUGAAAACCUUGUCUGUAUUGUGAAGGAUCAGGAAAGAAAAACCGAAGAUCUUCUACUGCAGAUUGGUUUAUUGGAAAGGUGCAAUGCAGAGAAAAUGAAGGAAGCAGAAAGAUGUAAGCAAGAGAAAGAGGGUCUUAUUCAAAUAGUAGAGGAGAGGGAAUGCUGCAUAAAGGAUCUUCAUAAAGAUAUAGCCAUCAGCUGCUUGAAGCAAGAAUCCAAGGAAAAAGAAUUAGAAGAUGCAAUUCAUGCCCAGCUGGAUGCAGAGAAAGCCCUCAAGCAGGAGAAAGAAAUUCUUUUGAAGAUUAAAGAUGUGAAAGAUCGAACUAUUGAGCACCUUCAGUGGCUAGCUAUAGCAUCAGAGCAAGAUUUGUUAGGUGCGCGGUGUUUUUCUUUCUCAAAACAAGUGGAAAAGUGGAUUGAGGUCAGUGUGCUUAGGGACGCGUUGAAAAAUGCACAAUACCUGGCAAAGCUAGAAAUUGAAGAAAAGAACACGAGAAUAGUGAAAUCAGAAGAAUCAAUCUUCCAUUUAAAACAAGAAGCAGAGCAGCUUCAAGCGUCACUGGAAGCCUUGAAGUUUGAAAAUGAAAAAUUGAUGGAUAAACAGCAGGCCAUGGAAUUCAUGAUAACAAAGCUCAAGUUUGAGAACGGAAAUUUACUGCAAGACAUCAUGAACUUAUCGACAGAAAGGGAAGAUAUGCUGGUACAUUUUGAAGUCAUCUUUGGUAGAAUUGGAGAAUUGUCUAGUGGGGAUAUGCAAUUGAUGGAGAUGUUGGGGAAUGUGUUGAAUACUUCUGAAGAUGAAAAUGAAAUAGCAAUGGGUUCAGUAGUUUGUGACAAGCCACAUGAGUCUGCUAGAGAUAGUGCAAAUGAUCUUCUUUUUCCUCCCACAACUAAAAAAACUGAAGAAAAUAUUGAUGGACGAUCCCCAUUGAGAGAGGUUAAUAGUUUGCAUAUGUAGAUCAGAAAAGGAAUGUGUAAUCUUGCUUAUGGAAACGCCAGAAAGGUACAGGUUCAGAAUAAUAUCCUCUUCGCAUUGGCAUGUUUAAUUGUUUAUGACAUUAAAUGCACAGGUAGGCAAAC